AUGACCUGGACCCUUGUGCGGGCGACAACUGUCAGGCAGGGAGCCAGCCCCACCAACGGCCCCGACCUGGUGGCCUGGUGCGGGCAACGAGUGUCGGGCCCGGCCUGUGGCCCGGGGCCUCGUGAAAGGCCUCAUCCGGGCGACCUGGGCCAUCGGGCCAUGGGGCAUCCCGACCAGUUACCGUAUAUCUUGGAGCAUCAACCUGAAGGAGAACCCCCAAGAGGAAGACCGGGGGAGAUGGGCUCUCCAGACACCACUGUAAAUGAACAGCCUGAAGCCAGAUCCCCAAUCCAUACCAGGUUGCGGCUACGCAGGGCUCAAUUGGAGGAGGGAGAAAGAGGAGAAGGGCAAUGGUCUUCACAGUUGUACCCCUUGAGAAUUGUAGGGGGGCAGGUCCAGUAUUGGCCUUUCUCUGCCUCUGAUUUGUAUAAUUGGAAAACUCAUAACCCUCCUUUCUCCCAAGACCCCCAAGCAUUAACGGGUCUCAUCGAGUCCAUCUUGUUGACGCACCAGCCGACUUGGGAUGAUUGUCAGCAGCUGUUACGGACUCUACUGACCACAGAAGAAGUCCAACGGGUGCUGAUGGAGGCCAGAAAGAAUGUCCUUCGGACUAAUGGGCAGCCCACCCAACUUCCAAACGAAAUUGAUGAAGUGUUCACCCUUGUCUGACCUAAUUGGGACUUCGACACUCCAAAUGGUAGGGAGCGUCUCCGUCUUUAUUGCCAGACUCUGUUGGCGGGUCUCAAGCGUGCCGGAAGGCGACCCACUAAUUUGGCUAAGGUAAGAGCAGUUCUACAGGGAGCUGGGGAGACUCCCGCGGGAUUCUUAGAAAGACUAAUGGAAGCAUACCGCAUGUAUACACCGUUUGAUCCGGCAAGUGAAGAUAGGCAGGGGGAAGUGAUUAUGGCUUUCAUAGGACAGUCGGCACCAGACAUUCGAAAUAAGUUACAAAGACUAGAAGGAUUGCAGACUUAUAGCUUGCAGGACUUAGUAAAAGAGGCAGAUAAAAUUUUCAAUAAGAGAGAGACUCCGGAAGAGAGAGAAGAGAGACUAAGAAAGAUGCAGGAAGAGAGAGAGGAUAAGAGAGAUAAGCGACGGAAUAAAGAACUGAGCCGUAUCUUGGCCACUGUAGUUCAUAACAAGCAAAUAACAUCCCAGGGAACUGAGAUAGGGAGACAGUUUAGAGAACAGGGAGGUGAGCGGCGAAACCGUUUAGGGAAAGAUCAAUGUGCUUCUAUUGCGACCCUGCUCAGGGACGCAAACAAACUGACCCUGGGACAGAAAGUCACAAUAAUAGCUCCACAUGCUGUGGAGUCGGUUGUCCGCCAACCGCCAGACAGGUGGCUUUCAAAUGCCCGCAUGACUCACUACCAGGCUUUGCUCUUAGCUCCUGAACGCAUUACUUUUGGACCAGUUGCUACGCUCAAUCCCGCUUCCCUAUUGCCGGAGCCGGGAACGGCCAAGGAUGCCCCCCAUGACUGCUCCCAGAUUCUGGCCGAAGUUCAUGGGACUCGUGAAGAUCUAACUGACCAGCCUCUACCAGACGCGGAGGUAACCUGGUUCACAGAUGGCAGCAGCUAUGUCACCGAAGGAACUCGGCGGGCAGGAGCAGCAGUGGUGAGUAACAAUGACUCCAUAGUCUGGGCCAGUGCCCUAGAGCCAGGGACGUCGGCCCAGCGAGCUGAACUAAUAGCCCUCACAAAGGCUCUAGAACUGGCGGCGGGAAAAGUAGCAAACAUCUAUACUGACAGUAGGUAUGCUUUUGCUACGGCCCAUGUGCAUGGUGAGAUUUAUCGCAGAAGGGGCCUCUUAACUUCAGGAGGACGAGAAAUAAAGAACAAGCAAGAGAUAAUAAACCUCUUGAGGGCACUAUUCCUUCCAAAAAGACUGAGCAUUAUUCAUUGUCCGGGCCACCAAAAAGGAACAGAUCCAAUAGCUAGAGGAAAUAGACUGGCAGACCAGACUGCAAAAACUGUUGCCACUGAGCCAAUCUCAGCCCUACCCCUGGAAAUAAACUCAAAAAUGGGACCCGAAGAGACCAGGCAAAACACAGAUGACAUAGUCUGCAACUGGGGAGUUCCAUUUAAAUAUACUGAUAAUGACAGAGCUCUCAUGAAAGAACUCGAAGGGGAGUGGGAUGCUAAGUGCAAAGCAUGGAGAAAAGGAGACAAGGUCAUCCUGCCCUAUCGCAUAGCUACUGAAAUCAUUGAACACCUCCACCGCCUCACUCAUUUGAGCCGGAGAAAAAUGCACGCUCUACUUGCAAAUGAGAAAUGCCCGUUUAUAACUCCUGACCUGCAGUUUCUUACUCAAAUUACAGUGGACCAAUGCAAGCCUUGUGCCCAGGUAAACGCAGGGCGACUAAAACUCCCCCAAGGAGCCCGUGCCCGAGGACACCGACCGGGAAUACAAUGGGAAAUAGACUUUACUGAAGUAAAACCGGGACUGUAUGGUUAUAAAUAUCUCUUAGUUUUUGUAGACACCUUUUCAGGCUGGGUAGAAGCCUACCCCACGAAGAAUGAAACGGCCACGACAGUCGUUAAAAAACUCCUUGAAGAAAUUUUUCCCCGGUACGGAUUGCCGCAAGUAUUAGGGUCAGAUAACGGUCCCGCUUUCGCCUCCCAGGCGCAUCUCCAGGCUCUCAGAGCAGUGAGAGAGUACAUCUGGAAACCGCUUGCAGAGGCCUACAAGGACAAAGACAUUCCACCGUGCCCUCACCCGUUCAAGGAAGGAGACCAGGUGUAUGUCCGGAGACACCAGGCAAAAACCUUGGAACCACGGUGGAAAGGACCCUUUACCGUCCUACUGACUACUCCAACCGCCCUGAAAGUCGACGGAAUUGCUGCCUGGGGAGCGACCGUAACAAGGCCAAAUUCAAGCAGUGUAGGGGGGCCGAAGAAGGAUACUGUGCUAGCUGGGGUUGUGAAACUACCGGGACAGUGUAAUGGCUCUCUGAAUCGACUGACCUCAUCUCAGUCAAGAGGGAAAGUAUUCCAGGGUAUUCAGGGACAGGGCCCUGGAUUUGCGGCCAAGGUCACUGGAAACAAAACUGCGGACCAUGCUUUGAUAGUGUGA